AUUGAAGGUAUCCAACGAUAAGUCAAACACCAGUUCACAGUCAACAACACGAGCACUGAAUCAGUCGUCGUAUUCACUGUUUGUUUGUUUGCAUUCAUUGUCUGAAAGUCAACACUAAAGCGAUGUUUAAAUCCGCAAAUUUCGACAAAUUAUUGGACAGGGCGACGAGUCUCACCAAUUUGGAGCCAGACUGGAACGCCAUCCUCCAGAUCUGCGACACCAUCCGACAGAAUGACGUCCAACCCAAGUAUGCCGUGAACGCCAUUAAGAAGAAAUUGUACGCAACGAAUCCCAACGUCGAGCUCCUCGCCCUUCAGGUGUUGGAGUCGUGUGUGAAGAACUGCGGCACCGCUUUCCACGUGGAGGUGACGAGCAAAGCCUUUAUGGAAGAGUUGAGGGAUAUCGUGAAGAUGUCGUCGGACACGAAGGUGAGGGACGAGGUGUUGAAACUGAUUCAGGUGUGGGCGCACGCCUUCCGCAACGACCCGACCCAUCGCGCGGUCGCCGACACCGUGAACCUGAUGAAGAUCGAGGGCUAUAAGUUCCCGGUGCUGAAGGAGUCGGACGCCAUGUUCGCGGCCGACUCGGCGCCCGACUGGGCCGACGGCGAGUGCUGUAACCGAUGCCGCACUCAGUUCUCGUUGGUUCAGCGCAAACAUCACUGCCGUAAUUGCGGACAAAUCUUCUGCCAGAAGUGUUCGGCGAAGAUAUCGACGAUUCCG